AUGGAUCUAUAGGAUUAAAUAUUUCAAAAAGAAACUAAUUUAGAAAUAUAUACAAACAAUCUAUAUAAUUACGAAAUAUUUAAAAGAAUUACAUGGUUUUUAAGCUUAUAAGAUGUAUUAAAUUUGGGAGCAACUUCCCGUAUUUUAAAUGAAUUUGUCGAAGUUUCAUAUUAAAUAUAUAUAGAUAGAAACAUUAUUAAUUCUUUGCAGAGAAUUACUAUAAAUAAUUUCUUAAAGAUUAACUUGAAAUAGCUCUUGAAAUUUAUUAUCCUGAUAAUAUUUAAAGAAAUAAAAUUCGUUUAAGUAAUUUUGAUAUUUGUUCUCUUGAUUGGAAACUUCAAUAUAAAAAGAUGUUAUAAUAGAAGUAAAAUAAUUAAAUAAGUUGCAAUAGAAAAACAUUGAAAAUUCCAUUUUUACUUUGUGAAUCAGUAUUUCCAAAACCUAUUUUAAAGAGAGAAACAAUAGGAUUGUAUUGUGAAUCAGAAUUUUAAAUAAUGCUUGCUUAGCGUUUGGAAUUAGAAUAAAAAGGAUUUGAUAGAUUGUUUAACUUUUAAUUCAUUUCAAAUGAGGUAUUUAAAAUAUGAUUUAAAUUAUAGCUAAUGAACUAGUUAAAAUAAAAUAAACAAUAAAUAAUAGAUUUAAUGUACGAAAAGUUAAAUAAUAAUAAUCAAAUACUUAAAUCAAGAUUUUUAAAAUUAAGAUGGAAUUUAUAAAAUGAAUCUUAUGAAUUUGAAGAAUAAAUACCUCUAAUUAAAGUAGAAUCUUAAAAUAUGCAAAUUGAAGAACAAUAAGAAGAAAUUUAAUUUGAUUAAAUUUGCAUUAUUGAUCUUUUAGAAUAAUUGUAUAGUUCUGUUGAAUGUUAUUUGUAGGGAUUAUAAAUGUAUUUUUCUACAUUUAUCACUAUAAAUUCUACAAAUAGUGUAGAUCUAUUAAGUGAAUAUGUAAUGUAUUGGGAAGCAUAUAGUAAUUCCAUUAUAGAUUUAAAUGGCAUAAUAUAUCCUUUAGAAAAUAUUGUGAAUGAAAUACAUCAAAAGUGUUUUCCUCAAUAUCCCUAAUAUCCUAAAUUUUCAGUUUGGAGAAUAAUGUGUUAAUUGUGGAUAAAACAUGUAUUAUAAUUUUUUAUUAAAGAUAAUUAGAAAUGAAUAAUUUUAAUAAUUACUUUUAGAAUGUUUUAUAAGAACUAUGUAAGCAGAAAGAUAAAAAUAGUUUCUUAAAGAAUUUGAUCAAGGUGUUAAUUAAGACUUAGGUUUUACUCCAUCAUUUUAAAUUACUUAUGAAAUUUAUGAUAAUUUUUUACUUAAAUAAAAAAAUAGCAUAAAAGAUUAAUUUCAAAUUGAAUCUUAUCAUAAAUUUUAUACAGAAAUAGUAGAUUUAUUAAAAAAUUUUAAUAAAUCAAUAUAAGAUAUUUCAAUUAAUGAAGUAUAUUAUUUUUUGAUUAAAUAAUUUUAGGUAUCUGUUCAUUGGAUUGGUCAUUUGGAUUGUUGUUAUGAAGAAUUUUAUGACUAAUUAAGUGAGAGAAUUUAACAUGAAACAAGUUUAUACUAUGAUGAAACUAAAUAAGUUUUUGGAUCUAAUGUAGCUUCUUAUAUAGAAUUUAUGAAUUUUGAUAAAGAGUAAAAAAUAUUUAUUAUUAUUUUAGAUUUUUAUCUCAAUUUUUAUCAGAACCUAUCAUUUUUAAAAUUGAAAAUCUACAACAUGAACAUAUUUAUACAUAUUUGUAUUAUUAUCUAGAGCACUCUUAUCUUUUAAGAUUUAUUAAAACUCAUAAAGAUUAAAUUGCUAAUGCAUAUAAGACACAAAAAACAAUAACUCCAAAAUAAGAAAGAACAUCAGUUACAUCAUCAAAUAAUAAUGAGCAUUUAGAUACUUAAGGUGAUGCAACAUUAAAUGAUGCUUAAAGAUUUUUUAAUUUUGCUUUAGAAAAUAGUAAUUUUGAUUUAGAUGAACUAUUGAUUAGCAAAAAAAAUUAAAAUCAACAAGAACCUUUAUUCGAAGUGAUUAAAGUAGCAUUAUCUCAAAAAAACCUUGAAUGUUAAAUAAUAGAAUAAGAUCAAUUUGAUUAAUUUGAUUAAUUUUAAUCUUAAGAUUAUUUCGAAUUGAAUAGGUAACCUAAAAUACAAAGAACAUAUUCUAAUAAUAAAUGUACAUAUAAUUUAAAUAAUUAUAGUAAAUUCUGAUUAGAUAGAAGUUCCAGAAGAAAUAAUAAGAUCUGCUAAACAAUAUCUAUUAAAUGAUACUGAAUUUUCCAAACUUUAUCAGAUUUUCACUGAUUAUACUAAACAAUUUGAAAAAACCUAGAUUUAAGUAAUUUAAAAAAAUUAAGAUAUUGAAUUAUUAAAUAAUGAUAGAGAAAUUCCAAGAGUAAUAUUAUUCUUAUUUAUUUUUCUAGGUACUAUAAGAUUAUCUUUAAUAUUUUUAUUAUAUAUCCAAAAAUAUAACAAAAUCUAUACUAGAAGAUAACAAAAUUGAAAAUGAUGAAGAUCUAGAUGAUUUUGAAAUUCCCCCUGAUCUCUCAAAGAAUUCAUCCAAAUUAAAAAGUAGUAUAAUAUUUAUAAUAUGAAGAAAACUCUUUAUAUAUGGAGGUUUAUUAUUCAGAUGAGGAAGAUGAGAAUUAAGGAUGA